AUGGAUUAUAAGUUGUCUCACGGCUUCAAUCUUGAAAAAAGUGGCACACUUCGCGAAGAUAUAGCUCAUCUAGGUGCUGUCAUAAGUUGCAAGGUCAAAUUGCUCUUUAACUCCAAACUUAGCUUUUCCGACAAAAUAACGUAUGUUUGUAGUAAAAACAAGAUAAAGACGGUGUUUUUUAUUUGGGUUUGAAAGAUUUGUCUCUUGUAGCCUCACGUGCCUGACAAGGAAGUUGGCAGCUUAGGAAGGAAAAGAUCUCGGGAAAAUUCUGGAAAGUCUAAUCAAAAUCUGCGUUGUGCCAGGAGAUAUACUAAAUUAGAUGCCGUGACUUAUUUCAGUGAAAUCGAGAAGAGAAGGAUUCAGAAGUAA